AUGGCGGAGUAUGACUUGACAAAACGCAUGGCUCCGUUCUUUGAUCUCCACUUGAUCAUCCCUCUCUUGGAGUUCAUCGAGCCUCGUAAGAUAUACGAUGAUGCAUCCCUGGUUGAAAUGCAUCGACACGUUCUUAUGAAGACGAACAUGAUUGACAGUUUGACGGAAACCUAUCAAGGGCAGCCGACUCCAAAAGAACUCGAGACCAAAAGAGCAGAAGUUCUUAAGGAGAGGGACAUUCUGAAAGCAAAGGUCGACCCGGUCAUCGAGAUUCUUGAACUGGAUGAUGUAAAGGAAUUGAUGGAGAGCACUAGGGAUCGAGACGGAAACAACAAAAUACUCGACUUCCUUCAACAAAAUCACAACUUCCAACUUGACAUGAUCGAUGCUCUAUUCAAGUAUGCGAAGUUCAUGUACGAAUGUGGCAACUACACGGCCGCAUCGGUUCGUUGCUGUAAUUUUUUUCUCAUUUUCUUUCUGAUCGUGAAGACAUUGUUUGAUGCUUCUGUAUGGAAAGCUAGCAGCGAAAUUCUACCUCCAGGAGUGGGAUCAUGCUCGAGAUGA